CGACCUUACGGUCACCCUGCUGAUUGACAGACUGCAUAUGUGCAACGCUCGAGCUCGUGACUCGCUUCCGGAAUUCCACUGUUCCAGAUUUGGCAAGUUAACCCGUCAUUUUUGAUUUUUACAACUAGAAAAAUAAAUUCUGCUAGCAUCGUGACUUUGCGUGUGAUCCCUGGCCACAUGGCAUAUACAGGGACUAUGAUGGUUGGACAGGGUAUCCGAUCUUCAAUAACCCAAGAUUGUGCUGAAGGAGACGUGAACUUACAUGUAUGAACUGUAUCAGUAUUUGCUGUUGGUGACGCCUUCAUUCUUGAUGGAGAGAAUUCAGUGAAUUCAAGGUCUUGGAAAGAAUUCAGUGUUUAGAAAUGAGCUGAUAGAUAAUCUACCUCACUCAUGUUGACGUUUCAAGCCGAGUAAAACAACUAUUGUAUUGACAAACCUCAGGGAGACUCCACUAGACAAACUUUGCUUGAAGAUCUUGCAAUAAACAUGGAAGUCAAACAGGCAAAUGCAACCAAACUGAAAGCGGACUUCUUUCACGGUGGCCCAGGCAAGAACAGUCCCACAACCGGCUACACAUCGGACGAAUCCUCCCCUCUGAUUGGUGGAAACGUCGCAGUGGUUUCGCCGAGCGAGGAAUCGACGUCGGGGAAAACAUCAACCUUCGGAGCUGUGUUCAUCGUCGUUAAUGCCUGCAUAGGAGCGGGGUUGCUGAACUUCCCCUCGGCGUAUCAGGCAGCCGGCGGUGUCGCGGUGGGAACCAUUAUGCAAGUGCUUUUCUUGUUCCUGAUCUUCAGCUCCCUGCUAGUCCUAGCCGUCUGUUCGGACGUACGGAACUCCAACUCAUACCAGGACAUGAUGCAGUCCAUGUGUGGGACGGCCGGCAACAUAGCCUGCGCGGUGUGUGUCAUCAUCUACUGCUUCGGGACCUGCGUGACGUUCUUCAUCAUCAUGGGGGACCAGCUCGAUAGCAUCUUAGCCUUAGCCACUCAUAACGACCAAACCAAGUACUGGUACACGGACCGCAAGUUCACCAUCACCGUCCUGGCUGUUUGCAUUGUCCUACCUCUGUGUCUGCCAAAGAACAUCAGCAUCUUGAAGUGGCCAAGUUCUGUAGGUGUUAUCGGCACCAUCUAUGUUGCCGUGGUGAUAAUAAUCAACUACUACCUUCUCCCGACCAACGCAGCCACGCACAUCGUAACGAGGCCUACGUCGUGGACUGAUGUGUUUGCUGCCGUGCCUACGAUAUGUUUCGGCUUCCAGUGCCACAUAAGCGCCGUGCCAGUGUACGCCAGUCUCAAGCAGCGAACGGUCGGCCAGUUUGCCUGGGUAAUCACCGGUGCCCUGCUCAUCGCCACGGUAACCUACGUCCUGACGGGUAUCUAUGGAUCCCUCACGUUCGGUGACCGGGUGUGCUCGGAUGUGUUGCUGUCCUACGAUUCAGGGAACGUCACGGUAACGGUUGCCCGGGUGAUGAUUUUAGGCAACAUGCUGACCUCCUACCCCAUUCUACACUUCUGCGGCCGGUUAGCCAUCGAGACGAUCUACGUAACAGCAAGAAAACUGCCCCCAGCUGCCGCCGAGUUAACUCAGACUAGACGGCGAAUCGUGGAGACUCUAUCAUGGUUUGUCCUGUCCCUGAUCCUGGCCCUGUUUGUGCCCACAAUCGGGAGCGUUAUCUCGGUCAUCGGUGGGCUGGCUGCUGUCUUCAUCCUCGUGUUCCCCGGACUGUGUUUAAUCCAGCUCGCUCUGAACUCGGCCUCUGCUGACAGCAGUAAAUCCAAGCGACGAUUCCAGAUUGUGUUAGGGGUCGUCUUCGCGGCCUUGGGGACUUUCAUGUUUGGGGAGAGCGUCACUGCGGCCUUGAUGGUGGACUUUGGGGUGAUAUCCGGUGGUACAGUGGAUUGUUGAACAAGGACGGCCAUCGCAGAUUUGCAAAUUUUUGUGUAAUUUUUUUUUUUUCACUUUCAAGGUUUGACAUCCUAGAAUUUUGGUGUCCCUGAUUGCAUAAUGUUCAGUGAACCGGAGCUGAUGUUUGCUACACCGUUGUUUCGCAAAUGCAGCACAGCAGUUCAAAAUGGCUGCCCUCUUUGUGGAUCGCGACGUAUGUUCCUCAGUAGAAUCAUGAAAGAAAAUGAAAUUAAAACAGUGGUACCAAAACUUGUAACUACAGCCAGGAUUAUGUUUUCACCAUGUUAAUUAAUUCUCUGUACAUACACAGGGCGAGUCCAAAAAGAUGGGUUGUUUACUCGAUUUCAAAAAUAUAGGUUUUCCCGGACAAUUUCCUAAAAUGUUCAUUCACUUCUGAAAAUCGGUCAUUCAUUUUCGUCUGAGUUUGAGUAUCACUCUGAACACGCAUUUCAUUUUCGCUACCAGAGCAUUCGAUUCCAUUUUAGGUCAAUCAAUUAAGUGAUUGAGCAGCACCUUUCGUUUAUGUCCAUUCAGAUUCGUUUACAAGACUUCUUUCUCGCUUUGAGUAGGCGAUUUCAAACAUUCACCAUUCUAUUUCGAUUUUACUUUAAUGCCAUCAGCACCAGAUACAAUAAGAAGUUUGUUUUUCAUUAACCGUCAAUCAAAUUAGCUGUACCUGAAGUCAAUUUAGAAAAGGUAAUGCUUGCGUCAAUGAAUGCACAGGUAACGUAAUUGGCCGUCUCUUUCUCAAAACCGAAUGCACGGACAAUGAAAAUGAUUGAACAUUCGUUGAAUUGAAGUGGGAUUAAAGAUGUGCAUUUAAAUUCAGACGGAAACGAAUGACCGAUUUUCAGAAGUGAAUGAACAUGUUAGGAAAUUGGCCGGGAAAAUCUUUAAUAUUCAAAAUAUUUUGUGAAGACAGGGGGUUAAAAAUAGUACAUCAUUGGAAAUCCCUGUUAGUUAGCUGUCAUCUGGUGAAACGGGCAACACGAUAGGACAACAUUUCUGAAACUUACGAUGUUUCGAAAAAAUAGGGGAAACACGGAGUUGUCCACAGAAUACCAAGUAUGCGAAGACGUCUCGGUUUUACUACUGGCUAGGCGUGAAUGACAUACACACAAAGAAUGGAAUCCUCAAUCAUUCUCAGUCAUGUGAAAGGCAUAAAAUGAGACGGAAAUGGUUUCAGAAAACUGUAUUCAGGUCAAACGUUUGUAGUCUAUCAGCUCGGCAAUAACCAGAAACAUUGUGAAACAAAACCCGAUAUGCGCAAGGUUUAAUAAAGUGCAUGGGUGUGUUUUAGCCCGAUUCAAAGAUCCUUGGACAAAGUUGAUUUUUAUGAAUUUUGGGAAGAACCAAAAAAGCAAAAUUGAUGAAACAAUUUUAGGUGAUUGCUAAAAUCUUGAGAUUGUGUUUCUUUCUUUAAAUUGUACAAGACUCAUCUUUAUAUUGCUUGAAAAAAAAACCCCGCCUUUUUACAGGGUACCCAUCUUUCUGACUCGCCCUGUAUAAGAAUCGUUCUUUUUUUCCUUUUAAUCAGGCAUGUCACUUUUCCUCUGAUCCGCUGAUUUCCUCGUUUUUUACUUCUCAGGAAUGCCAUUACAAAUUGGAAAACACUGUACAAAGUCUUGUGUGGUUUGGAAUUUCCUCGAGUUUUCCCUCUAAAUUCCCAGUUGCUUGCCUGUUUAAUUAAAAAUGGCUUGGUUAAAACACUUGGUUUUAUAAUCACUGACCAGUUUCAUUUUGUGCCAUACCUCAGUAUUUUUUGGGGUUUUGUCAAACUGAAGAAACUGAGAUAUUCCACCUCUUUUUGUUUGGUCUGAUGUAAUAGACUUUAUAAUCAUAUUUGGAAUUUAUGAGUUCUUUGUUGUUUUUACUUUGUGCAUUUGCAAUACAUUAACCACCACUUUCGGCAUUUGCUUUAUGGUAUUUGUGUUUGUUUAAAUGGUUCCCAGACUCGAAUGAAAGUAUUAUAACUACAUUUAAAUGCAAUUCAUAAAUACCUAAUACAGUUUACCCAUUCCUAUUGGUCGAGAGCCCAUCACGUGGCCGGUCUUAAAGGGAUGAUAAAGACAUGGCUGGCUGGUCUUAAACACUUUUCCAGUAUCACCUGAAAUUUGGACUCCCAUGAAAUCCAGUGCCUUUUAACGUUUCAUUGGUUGAACGUUCACAUUCCUCACGUAUGCAUGCCCAAUACUACCUGUGAGUCAGUAUUUCAUGGUCCGAAAUUCACACUGCACCAGCCCAGGUGCGUUUUGCGCGACAUCGCGCUGUACGCGCGAAGCGCAUGUCAAUCUCCUUAUAAGAUAAGGAGUUGUAGAGGGACAUUCCAUAUUAUAGUCAGAGGGGUAUUUCAUAAAACAUGAAGUAAACUUGUUGAACAAAAUGGUUGGCAACGUCUAGUUUUUUUACUUGUUUUGAUUUUUGGACUGAAAUGAUUUUGUUUGUGAUCGAAAAGAUAUUUAUGAAUGUGAAUAAAUAUGUGUUUGGUCGGUAUUAAACACUGUGUUUAAGACCGGUUUGGGUCUGUAGUGCUGAUAAUUACCCAUCCAGACCCCAACCGGUCUUGAACAGAGUGUCAUAAUACCUCUCCAACACACAUUGAUUCCCUUUUUAUAAUCAAAGUUCUAUUUUUUUGUAUAAACCAAAUGAAUUGCACAAGAAAAGUAAGGUAAGUAUGACUUUACCUAAAAAAUCAGUUGAACUAGAUUAUUAUAUUUUUCCUAAAAUUUAAUAAAAGUGAUAAUCAAUCUAAAUCGUCUGGCCCAGUUUCACUUUUUGGAAAUCAAAAGAUUGUUCUAUUUUUUAGUAACAAUUCACAGUAAAAAAAAAAAGUUACAUGCAUAGAUUGUUGAUAUGCUGAGUUUGAUUAUUGAGAAUGUAUUAUGUAUUUAACAAUUUAAUACUUUUAUUCAUUGUUAUUUAAAUCAAAUUGAAAAGGAAUACAAUUUAUUUUGUUUUUAAGGGAAAACAA